UUUAAAAAUCUUAAUUGAAGGAAUGUUGGAACUUUGUAUUCAGCAAAAUUUGCUUUCUCUUAUAGUAGACACUCCUAAACUGUUUUAAAAUGAUUUUAAAACCAUUCCUGCAAAAAUGAAUGUUUUAAAAAAAUGCUGUGUUUUCCACCCAUGGAAUGAUUUUCUUCUGUGCUUGAUCACCUCUAAUAGCAAUCCAACAGCAGUCGCAGUCAGAUGCGGACCCCCACUGCGCUAGGUCAGCCAUUGAUUUGGGUUAGGGAUUGGGCCACAAGUUGUAAUGUGAAGCCUUGGGGCAGCCCACCUUUAACACCAGGCAGGAGAUCCCAUGGCCGCAGAGGGGUGAUGCUGGCAGUUUGUAGACACUCUGCCUCCCGUAACCGAUGUCCCAGAGGGUGUCAGCUAUAUUCCUGGCAAUGGGAUCUUCGGGGUGACGCAGGAGGCUGAGAUGCUGAGCACAUGCCAUCGCUAAAGUUCCCGUAUCACAUUUCUUAGGAACGGAGAUGUUAACUCCCCAUGUUCAGGCCAGAUUUCAGCUUCAGCAUUCAUAUUGUGCCUACCUAAAUCUCCCCUGAAGUUUUGAUUCGAUACAGUAUCAUUCAUUUGGUGCCUUAAACGGUUCAGUGCAAGGUUGCUGCCCGCACUGUUGAACAUCUGCUCUGCUUCGAAAGUUGCUGAGUUUUGCCUGUGAAAGAAGAGAUUAUUUUCUUUUUUUUUAGUUUUAAGGGGAACUAACUCAACUGGAGCUCCAACUCUCCCUGGGCAGGGGCUGAACAAUUGGUGUUUGUGCUGGAGAACAAGGCUGCAAGAGACUGGAAAGAAUCCUUCUCCGCCCAAGGGCUUAAGGCACCCGAGCAACUGAUCUACAGCUUGUACUAUAAACUGUGGGCUAUAGUCGCAGCUGUGAUCUCUGCAUGAGAUUUGCAGCCCACGGAUCUGCCCCUGCUGUGUUCCCAGCCUGCUUAAAGCAACUCACUAUGUUCCCAGCAUGUCCCUGCAGAAAGUGCUGCACAUCAGGCUGGGAGCUAUCUGGAGGCUGCUCCACGGCCUUAUCAAUUCACGUAGACUACCUACAGCCUGGCCACUGGUGGAAAGGCUUUUGUCUCAAAUCCAUUCUUGGAGCUCAAAUUUGUGGCAAACAAUUUGCUUCAGUCCGUGUCCAGGCUCUCUCCAUGGAACAGCGUUCUCCUGAGCUGCAGGAACGGCUAGCUCGCGUUGGUGGUUCAGUAGGUGGCACUCUUCCCCUUAGAUCGGUCCGAGCCCGUGUCCCAGGUGUCACACGGUACACGAAGCAGCAGUUCUGCAGGCAGCUAGCCCACAGACCCACACCUUGCACUGCCGGGGUGUCAGGGACUAGCGUUUGCCAAUGCCCGGUUGGAGUACAUCCUCCACUGGAUGCAGUCUGUGUGGUUUGUCCUCGGCUUAUCUGCCGCAGCGGCAUCCUCCAUACCUGUCCCAUCCAGAGGACAGAAGCAGGGCCUAUGGUGUGGACCAUCUUUCGCGUCUGGGCAACGUUUACCCUCGGGAUCCCGUUCUGCCCAAAAAACCUACAUAGGGAAUGGAAACAAAGCUUACAGGUCAGUAGGACACAACUCUGCUGUCCAGCAUGCUGUUUAGGCUGAUGCUUCACCAAACUUACUGCUCUUGCUUGGUAAAUUUGAGGAGAGUUUGUUCGCUAGGCCUUCAGAAGCCAAUGAUCUGCAGUUCCAUUUAUAGUAAUUUUGUGCUUCUCAGACCUUCAUCAGCCAGGCCUCAGAUGACUCAAACUGUGUGCCUUUGUUUAUAAAGUCAGUCUUUGCUGUGCCUUAAUUUUUUGGCUGUAAAAUGGAACUGCUCAGACUUAAACGUGGCUUACAGGUGUGUGGUAAGGCAUGAAAAUGUUUGUGAUGUGCUUGGCAAAAAAAUUGAAUUGAGCAUUGUGCUUAUAUUUGUUGUUAUGAUGAAGAAUCUCUUUAUGAAAUACAUCUCCUAGACCUUUGGGUUCUCUGUCUUUUCCUAUUGUCAUGGCUUGUUUCAAACUGGGCUGAAUCCUCCCUGAAGCCCCAGACAAUUAUAAAUAGUAAGGAGCAAAUAUAUGUAUGUACAUAUAUGUGUAUGUAUGUUUGUGUGUGUAUAUAUACUAUAUUAUGGUCAUUAAAAAAA